AUGCGUGGCCAAGUUCUCGUUGAACUCCUAUUCUGCUCGGCGCAGCUACCGGCGUCCUUCCUUGCCUACGGCAUGCCCGUCAACCCCGGCGAGCUCAUGGCUAUCGAGUCUCGCGGAGAACUCUCCACCGACAGCUUCGCGCAAAAACUUCAAGCCGACGGCCCUGCUGGCGCGGAUUUGAAUGCACGCACCACUGGUCAAGACCUUGACGAGCGUGGAAUCCUCGAGGCCCGCGCCAUCGGGCCGUACGCGACCAUCAAGCCGGAGAACAGGCUCCAUGCUGAGAAGAUUAAGAUCGAAGGCGUCAUCUGUACCAUCGCCUACAAGGUCGUCAAUGGCAUCGUCAACUUGCAGUUCCAAGGUGUUCCUAGCGUGGAUGAUCCUAUCAACGUUGUUGCCCGUUUCGGCCGUAGCGUCGUCAGAAAGUUCCUCCUCAGAGCCGGUGCGUGGGUCGCGACCGGCUUUUCGACCGACGGCCAGCAAAUCGUCGUCCUUGAGGAUCCAUCAGUCGAUGAUGGCUUCUAG